CCGCCGUGACACACUCAUGUUUCCAUUACAAUAUAUAAAAUACCUACUAAAACUGGUGUCGAUUCUAUACGCAUAACAUCGGAAGCAACAAUACGCUGUAUGUUGCCGUAGUAUCAACAUCGUCUAGCACAGCGUUAGUCCACUGCCUUCGUAUCGCAGUUCGCAGUUCGCACACUCUUGCCUGCAAAUUGUCCACGGGUAGACCCUACAUUGGAAACAUCAAGAAUGUCCUCAGUGUAAAGUGACGACGUAGCUUUGCUGGGAAAAUAUUAGUGCACGGAAAAGUUAAUUCAACUCAACAUGGCUUUGAUUAAUUUGAAGAUUUUCGAUGUAGUCCCAGUAAGGUUCAAUCUUUGGCUGAUGUUGUUCACAAGCUGCUGGGUGGUGUACAUGCUACGAGUCAACAUGAGCCUAAACCUGAUCGCAAUGGUGCCGCAGCCAGCUAGAAAUAUCUCGUCACGAUCACAGUGCAGCUCUGAUAAUGAAGUGUUGAACGAGUCUCUGCGGCAUGUUGACAUUCCUGAAAUAAGGGAAGCGCCAAGACAGAUCGGAGGAGGCUCAUUCAAUUGGUCGAAAGAUCAGCAAGCAACAAUUCUCGGAUCGUACUUCUGGUGUUAUCCGGUCACUUCUCUGGUGGGCGGGAUGGCGGCAGAGCGAUGGGGUCCGAGAUAUGUGGUCCUCGUAACUUCUUUGGCUAGCGCUGUUUUGACCAUGAUAAGCCCAGCAGCUGCAAGAUUAGAUUAUAUUGCUUUGGUCGUAGUGAGAUUCUUUCUUGGAUUUGCUGGGGGUUUCAUUUAUCCAGCUUUGCACGUUUUAGUAGCGCGAUGGGCACCUCCGGCUGAGAAAGGAAAAUUUGUGAGCGCUAUGAUGGGCGGGACUUUAGGAACAGUCGUCACUUGGUCACUAACAGGACCUCUACUGGAAAAGUUCGGAUGGGCUUCUGCUUUUUACGUACCAGCCGGGUUGACGUUCGUUUGGUGCGGAUUCUGGUGGUACCUCGUGGCAGACACGCCCGCGGAUCAUCCGAGAAUCAGUAUAGCGGAAAGGAAAUACAUAAUAGACGCAUUGGGUGACAAGAUUAAAAAAUCCAAGGGAAUGCCCCCGUUUAAAAGCAUAUGCACUUCGUUCCCGUUCUUAGCGAUGAUCAUUCUUCAUUUCGGCAAUCUAUGGGGCUUAUACUUCAUAAUGACAGUUGGACCUAAAUUCGUAUCUAGUGUACUCGGCUUUGAACUAGCCGCAGCUGGCAUCAUAUCUGCACUUCCAUACCUAGCGAGACUGUUCAUGGCAACAAUAUUUGGAGCUGUAGGAGAUUGCAUUUUAUCAAGAAAAUUAAUGACAACGACUACUAUUAGAAAGUUCUUCUGUCUGUUCUCGCAUGUUUUACCUGGAAUCCUUUUGGUGUUAUUGGUUUAUACCGGAUGUAACACUGCAUUGUCUGUUGCGAUGAUCACGAUGUCGAUGGGUUUCAACGGUGCAGCAACGUUGACGAAUCUCCAGAAUCAUCAGGAUCUUGCGCCUAAUUACGCGGGGACGUUGUAUGGAAUAGCGAAUUUCAUUGGGAGCACUGCUGGCUUCUUUACACCCAUGAUUACAGCGUACUUUACAAGGAAUGGGGAUAAUUUCGAACAAUGGCGUCCAGUAUUCUUCGUAGGAGCGUCCGUGUACAUUGUGUCUGCUAUAUUUUUCGUUUUGUUCGGCACGGGGAACACGCAAGAUUGGAAUUUCACUAGCAAAGAAAAAGAUGACGGCAAAGAGGAAAAAGCUAAAGUUGAUGACCAGAAUGAUAUGAAUGAUACUUCGAGAAACAGUUAUAUUAAGGAUACAAAAGAAAAUCCUACAAGUAUCACAACUCGUGCUUAGAUAUAAUAUGUAGUUAGAUAAGAAAAUUAUUAAUGAUGAGUAAUUAGUAAGGCAAAGAUCUGACAUUAACAAUAGACGUUUUAGAUAUAUAAAUUGUUAUAAUUAUAAUGUCAGAUAAUGUACUGAAGAAUAUUUUCCUAUAUAAAAUAUGAAACGUGUAGGAAAAUUUAAGAUGUUAUGCGAUAAUCAUUUUAGUUGAUAAUGUUUAUAGGGUAUAGGAUUAAGAUUUUUUUAAUAUUUAACCAUGAAUCUUAUGUUUUGCAGUAUUUAUUGAUGUCUAAGGAAUAUUCAUUAUAUAAAAUGUGCGACUGUGAUGUUUACUACCAAAAAUAGUACCUAUAUAUUAUAUUAUUACUAACAUCUCUCAAAUUAUAAUUUUAUCAAUAUCAACUUUUUAUUUUAAUUUAAUUAUUUGAAUUUAAUAAGACAUUUGAAGUUGAAUUAAUGCUGGUCAUGAUUUUUCUAAUUUAAAUAUUGCAUUUAUAUUUUUCGGUGUAUCUUUAACAUUGUAAUUUUAAUUUAUUUUAUUGUGACAAAUCAUACUCAUUUGAAAAUUAAAAUUCCUUUGAAUAUC